GCUACUUAAAGAAAUCGCCUAUAAAACACAAGAACAAAAAACGGGUGUUGCGUCGACGAGUUUUUUGGCCUUUUGUUUCUUGGUGCGCGGGGCUCGCACUUAGCCUACCAUGGCGACGUCCAAGAAGUUCUCAAUGCUUGCCGAAAUGGAGCCGGCCCGCCCGGCUGGUAACGGGACCGAGGUUGGGCCUGUUUACCGACCCGCGUUUCACAAGGACGGCUUUCCCAAGCUUGAGGGCGUGGAGACGUGCUUCGACCUUUUCGAGAAGAGCUGUCGCCUGUUCGCGGACUGCCCCUGCCUUGGCGAGCGCACGGUGGAGGACGGCAAGGUGGGGCCCUACCGCUUCAUGACCUUCCGCGAGGUGGAGGAGACGGUGGCGGCAGUCGCCAGCGCCUACGUGAAGCUGGGCAUCAAGCCGCACGACCGCAUCGGCGUGCUGGGUGCCAACUGCAAGGAGUGGAUGAUAUCGAUGCAGGGCAUGAACCGCAUGUCCAUCGUGUGUGUGCCGCUGUACGAGACGCUGGGUGACACGGCCGUGGAGUACAUCAUCAAGCACAGCGGCACGCGCCUUGUGGUGUCGGCCGGCGGUAAGCUUAAGGUGCUAGCCAAGGCGCUGGCGUCGGCCCCUGUGAAGGCCACGGCGGACGCGGGCGUGGUGUACUGGGGCGCCGCCGCGGACGCCGACCUGCAGGCGCUCAAGGCUACGGGCGUCAAGGUGCUGUCGUGGGAGGAGCUGGUCACCACCGGCAAGGAGGCAGCGGAGGCGGUGCCGGUCAAGCCCGCAGCCGGAGACCUGUGCACCAUCAUGUACACCAGCGGCACCACGGGCGACCCCAAGGGCGUCAUGAUCCCGCACCGCGCCGUGGUGUCCACCAUCGCGGGGAUCCUGGCAUUCCUGGACUUCUGCAAGGAGAAGAUGGGCCCCUCUGAUUCCUACCUCUCCUACCUGCCUCUGGCACACAUCUUCGACCGGGUGGUGGAGGAGCUGAUGCUGUCGGUGGGCGGCUGCGUCGGAUACUGGCAGGGUGACAUCCGUCAGCUUAUGGAUGACGUGUGCGCGCUGCGGCCCACACUGUUCGCCGGCGUACCGCGCGUCUUCGAGCGCGUUUACAACGGCGUGCGCGACAAGGUGGACCACGGCAGCUUCCUGUCCCGGCUUAUCUUCAACUGGGCCUACAACCGCAAGGAGUACUACAUGAAGAUGGGGUACAAGCAGGACCAGGCCUCCAUCAUCAGCGACCUGCUGGUGUUCAAGAACGUCAAGGCCAAGCUCGGCGGCCGCGUGCGCGUGCUGGUGUCCGGCAGCGCCCCGCUCAGCCAGCAGAUGGAGUCCUUCAUGCGCGUGGUGGUGGGCGCGCCCUUCGUGCAGGGCUACGGCCUGACGGAGACCUGUGCCGCCUCCUUCAUCGCCACGCCCGACAACCCGCUGCACAUUGGCACGGUGGGCGGCCCCAUGCCUGCCACCGAGUUCCGACUGGAGGCGGUGCCCGAGCUGGGCUACUUCCCCAGCUCCGACCCGCCGCGCGGCGAAGUGUGCAUCCGCGGGCCGGGCCUGUUCAGCGGCUACUUCGGCAACGAGGCGCUCACCAAGGAGGCCACGGACGCGGACGGCUUCUUCCACACGGGCGACGUGGGCGAGCUGGUGACGGACGGAACCCUCAAGAUCAUCGACCGCAAGAAGAACAUCUUCAAGCUCAGCCAGGGCGAGUAUAUUGCGGUGGAGAAGGUGGAGAACGUGUACAAGACGUGUGCCAUGGUGGAGCAGGUGUGGGUGUACGGCGACUCACACCAGUCGUGCCUGGUGGGCGUGGUGGUGCCGUCCCACAAGGGCCUCAUGGUGUGGGCGGCCAACAACGGCGUGUCGGGCGAGUACGAGGAGGUGCUGCGCUCGCCGGCGGCGCGGGCGGCGGUGCUGGCGGCCAUGACCGCCACCGGCAAGGCGGAGAAGCUCAACUCGCUGGAGCAGGUCAAGGCCAUCACGCUCACGCCGGAGCAGUUCACGGUGGAGAACGACCUGAUGACGCCCUCCUACAAGCUCAAGCGCGCGCCGCUGCUGAAGCACUUCCGCAAGCAGGUGGACGCCAUGUACGCCGAGCUGGCGGAGGCGGAAGCCGCCAAGAAGAAGGCGGCCGGAGCGCCGGCGUCGUGAGCGAGGGGUGCGGCGGGCUUGUGAUAGAGGCGCAAGCAGCAGCGUGGGGGCGCACACGCACAGGCAUUGGGUACAUGGUACAGGAUGUGGAUAUGUGCAGAGGUCAGUACCUGAAGUUCCGGCAUGCGCUGGUGUAGCGGCACGUGAGACAGCGACGGCGAGCGCCGCAACAAAUUCCGCCUAUUAUGGGUUGAGCAAAUGAGACGGCGCGGAGAGAAACAGAUUGCAGGGUUGGACUGUUGGAGGAGUUAGACGUGGCGGCAUGAGUUGUGCGUUGCGGGGUCAUGCGGUGCGCGUUGCAGGGCUGGUGAGGGGCUAGCAGGUGAGGGGCUGACUGGUGUGAGGGGCUGGCUGGUCGGGGCUGUUGUUGGACUACGCCGCUUGUGCGCUCAAGCCUGCAGUAGUCGACGUGGACUUAUGUGCAGACGCCUUUUUGGCAAGAUUGAGCACACUACGCUGUGUAUGGGAGUGCAGGAGCGUGCUGAAGGUGUAGGGUUACGAGGCUGGUGGGUGUCUGUGGGUGUUGUUUCAAGUUGCAUGUUGGUGGACGGCGGCAAUCAGUACAUUCAUGCCGUGUGGCGACUGCGCGCGAUCAGGGACUGAUGCUAUGGUAGCUGCGGCAACCGUCUAAAGAUUGCGUGUGGCGAGUAACGUGUGGCUCAUAGGGGAGGGAGGGGGAGAAUGCCAAGCGAUGCCCAUCGAUGCCCGCCUGUCGCAAUAUGCUAGCCCAAUGCUGCUGUGAGCAGUACCGAGCAUAUAGCACUCUUGCGUCAGCAGCAGUUCGCAGGGGUGUUGCGCCGUCUGCUAGAGCAGCACAGGCGGAGCCUGGCGGAGCAGACGGUGGCCAACCUGGUUUUGACUGGGCGCAUUUUGGGUCACUCACUGCCGGUCUCCGGCUCAAACCCUGUCCCUAGCUCAUGCGUGGCGUGUUUAGGCGUUGUAAAACACGGUUUGC